AUGGCUGCAGCUGCCGGGCUCAAUUUUCACCGGCCGUACCUCCUCCUCUCCAUUAUCUUCCUCUCCCUUUCUCCAUUGACAUAUUCGAUAUCCGAUGCCGAAGCGUUGCUCAAGUUCAAACAAUCACUCACCAAUGCAGACGCUUUGGACUCGUGGGUGCCUAACUCUGCACCAUGCGCCAAUGACGCAAAAUGGGCGGGACUUGUAUGCUUUGAUGAGAUCGUUACGGGUCUUCGUCUCGGAGGAAUGGGGUUAUCUGGUACACUAGACUUUCAAACGCUAAAUGAAGUUAAGGGUCUUCGAACAAUGAGCGUGGUGAACAACAAUUUCUCCGGCUCCAUCCCGGAUUUCAAUAUCAUUGGCCCCUUGAAGGCUAUCUAUUUGUCCGGUAAUGCAUUUUCCGGUGAGAUUCCAUCGGACUUUUUUACCAACAUGGACUCAUUGAAGAGAGUCUGGCUGGACCGCAAUAAAUUCAGUGGGAAAAUUCCUGCAUCUCUGGGGGAAACUCCCAAUUUGCAGGUACUGCAUCUCGAGAACAACGAAUUUAGUGGAAGCAUCCCGGAAUUGAGCCAAGUUUCGUUGACGGUGCUCAAUGUGUCUAAUAACAAGCUGGAGGGGGAGAUUCCGAAGACUCUGGCUAAAUUUGAUGAGACUGUGUUUUCCGGAAACUCAGGUCUUUGUGGGCAGAAGGUGGGAAAAGAUUGUAACAAUGCAGCAGGGUGGCCAAUACCUACACCCUCACCAACGAGUUCUAAUGGGGACAAUGAAGGUAGUGGCUCCAGUUCGAAACGUAAGAAGGGAACCUCUACAAUUGUUAUUGCUCUGUCAGUAACUUGUGCGGUGGUGCUUCUCAUGCUUAUCCUUCUAUUGUUUGUCAGAUCAAGAAGGAAGAAGUCAGAUGAGAAUUUAAAUGCACUUGGAACCCAAAACACUCCAAGCUAUGAUCGUCCUCCUCCACAACAGGCACAAGUAGAAGCGGUUGAGUUGAAUGUGGCGGAGAUCAAUAACAGGGAAAGAGAACUGGUGGUGGAGUCUCCUGCAUCAGUUAGUAGUGCUAAAAAGGGUAGCGCGGGGCGCAAGAGUACUUCGAGUCAUGCUAAAGGAGUAGGAGGGAUGCCGGAGCUAGUGAUGUUGAAUGAAGAGAAGGGAGUGUUUGGGUUGACGGAUUUGAUGAAGGCCGCAGCCGAGGUGCUUGGAAAUGGGGGGAUGGGUUCAUCUUAUAAGGCUGUCCUGGCGAAUGGGUUUGCAGUUGUGGUGAAGAGAAUAAGAGAAAUGAAUGCAAUGAGUAGAGAGGGCUUUGAUGCAGAGAUGAAGAGGUUGGGGACUCUACGCCAUUGGAAUAUCUUGACUCCUUUGGCUUAUCACUACAGAAAAGAAGAGAAACUGUUAGUUUACGAGCACAUCCCCAACAGCAGCUUGCUUUAUCUAUUACAUGGUGAUCGUGGAUCGUCCCACGACCAACUUAAUUGGCCUGCUAGGUUAAAGAUUAUUCAAGGCACAGCAAGAGGGAUGGGUUUUAUCCAUACUGAAUUUUCAGGCUAUGAUUUGCCACAUGGGGACCUAAAGUCAAGCAACGUACUAAUUGGCCUCGACUAUCAGCCAUUGCUUUCAGAGUUUGGAUUUGCUCCGAUGAUCAACUCUUCACAUUUACCCCAAGCUUUGUUUGCGUACAAAGCCCCAGAAGCUUCAGAAUUUGGCCAAGUAUCACCCAAGUGUGAUGUGUUCUGUCUAGGAGUCCUCAUUCUCGAAACCCUAACAGGCAAAUUCCCUUCUCAGUAUCUGAGCAAUGGCAAAGGUGGGACUGAUGUAGUCCAAUGGGUGCGGUCAGCUAUCUCUGAAAGGAGAGAAUUGGAAUUAUUAGACCCCGAGAUAUCAAACGAACAGGGUUCAAUCAAUGAGAUGGAGAAGCUCCUCCACAUUGGUGCAGCCUGCACGGAGAAUGAUCCGAGGCAACGGUUAGAUAUGAUGGAGGCUAUUCGAAGGAUAGAGCAGAUUAAGGCCGUGGGAGCUGGUGAAGAGGCUGCUAGAACAGUACAAGUGCUUCCGUCAUUAAGAGACGGUUAUGCAGACUCUUCUUUAGCAAUGCCAAAGACAACUCAUGCACCAACGUUGCGAGAAGGGGUAACAGAUAUCUCCGAAUCGGCAGCUGCUGAGACCGAGAUCAGCAGACUGCCAUCACGCAGCUACCGGAGCAGAUCGGGGUGA